GGGACUAUUUAGAAGUGCAAUGUUCUUGCGACUUGCCACUUGCGAGUGUGUGUAACUGUGUACCCAACAAAAGUAGCAAACUUCACAUGCGGAGGCCGGAGCUGAUACGCCGACACGACUUUUAGGAAACCGAGCUGACGGCUUCUUUAGUUUUUGGUAUACACAGUUAUACACGAAAAGGACCGGUGUAGUUUGAUCAGAAAGCUAUUGUGGCAACAAGAUUUACUGCUAUUAGAAACCCAAGAACUAAUUAUAAUGCCACGAAUUACAUUUACAGUUCUGGUUACGUCGUACUUGGCGGCGGCGGUAGUGGGUAUGGCAGUGGUGAACGAAAGCGUAUCAAUUACAACAUUCAAUACAGGCCUUUCAGCUACGGUAGCAAAUUAUGAUUCGCGCAGACUCCUGCUCGCAGAUGCACUUAAGAAAGAGGUCCAUACCGAUUUAUUUUGUAUGAACGAAAUGUGGUACAAGCAAGAUCUCGACCUUUUGUUUGACGACGAGGAGUGGAUGGCCCGAUAUCCAUAUCAUUACCACUACAAUAACACCGAGUGGGAGGUUGCUGCGAAAGGAGAGCCUGUUGAUUCAUUGUGCCCUGCGACGACCACUAUCACGUUAGUCAAAUUGAUGGGUAUUGAGGAGUGUAAGGCUGACUUCACAAAGGCUAUUACCGUGGAGGGUAAAUUAUAUAACGAUCUGGUUUCUGAUCUCUUCGCUCUGCUGGACUGUUGGAAGACGAAUACACCUGAUGAUUUCUUGAUUAUUUUUAACAACAAGAAGUGCUAUGGAUGCUUAGUGAUGGCCGGUACCACUGGAGACAUUCCCUCAAUGCUGAAUUGUAUGCGAGGGAGCACUGACGAGAAGGUCAAUGAUCAAGCCUUCGAGUCGCUGUUAUACGGGUUAGUACUGUGGUCCAAGAUACCUUUGACCAACGUCGGCGGAAAGUCUAUGGAUUGGGGGAUAGUGCCUAGAGCGUUCAUUUCUGGCGAAACUGAAUUCCAAGGCGUACAAACUGGUGUGCUCUGUACGCAUGUCGCGGUUGAAGGGCCGGAGCAACAAGACCAAUUCCGAGAGAUUACUGAAUUUGUCAAGGGUGAAGAGGCCAAGGGUAUCAUUGAUUGGAUCAUGGCCGGUGAUUUAAAUUCAGGACCCGAUGCAGCGGAUGGGUCAAGUACCUUAAACCCUGACCCGAUCAGCACUAACGGAACAUCCUCAACGGAGCUCUUGACUGAAUUAGGAUGGUGGGGUAUUUAUGACAACACUGUGCCCAACAAGCCUACCUGGGAACGCCCUGUCAUUGGACCUGAUUACAUGGACGGCAACACAAACAUUUGCGGACAUGACACCGGCAAGAACUGCUCAGGAUACACUGAAACAUGGUCAGCCAAGAAUGUGCUUGACCAUGUAAUGGUAUGGGGUGACAGGCUCCCCCGUGACAGUUCACGGUACAAUGCGAUAAGAAUUUUAGAUACAAAGUAUCCCUCGAAUGGAUCAAUUGAGGGAUAUCAUAUCUCAGAUCACUACGGGGCGCAGGUCAAGCUGCAAUAAUUGUCUAUUUAUCCUGUAAGCAUAUAAUAUACCUGUAAUUAAAGCUAAAUAUACCC